AUGUAUUCAAACGCACUGAGCAUGUUCAGUCCCUACCACCUCGUCGUCACAUGGCCCGCCGUCUUCCUCUGUGCGCUGAUGCUGGUUGCGUGCGGGGGCGGCAGCAGCCAGGAGGAGCAGGAGGUGGCGUCUGAAGACCAGCAGCUGCUGUUGUACAUGGAGAGUGAGCGGAGACGACUGCGUGCUGACAGAGCGGCAGCAGAGUCUAGAACUGUGGUGAGUGGGAGGGUUAACAAGCGGAGGAGGAGGAGGACGAGUGGGGUGAAGAUAAAGUUGGAGAAGGGUGGGGGUGGGACAGAAGAGCGGGGACAGGUACAGAAAGAGAGACAGAGACAGAGGCAGAGACAGGUUGACGCUGGUGAUAAAAGUUAUGAAGAGAUGGUGAUGGCGGAGAUGGAGGUAGAGAGGCUCUCUGAUGUUGCUGCUGAUAUCCUUGAUAAGGGUAUUUUAGACAAAGCACAACCUACCAUCAAUCAGGACCAGAUCGAAAAGCCAGAGAAAUUCGUCUCAUUGGCCUUCAGCUUCCAGAGCAGGCACAGCCCACUCGGCUCACCUCCCCACAGCCCUACCCAAACCUCCAUCCAGGCCGUCCCCACCCCACCUCCUGCCGCCAUUAUCAAGACCGAGUGCCCCUCACCCCACACCCUGGGCCCAAUCACAGAGAACUACUCCCUCCGCUCCAGCUCCCCUCCAACAAUCGUCCCACCCACACCCUCACCCCCCACACCCCAGCGCACGCCCCCCACACAACCCGCACCACCCGCCAAGUCCCCACCACCACCACCCCCAGGAAGCUACAUCCUCCGCCGCCGCCCGCCCUCCUCCCAUCUCCCCAACAGCAUCGACACCACCGACCUCUACGACGGCCCCUUCUUCGUCAUCCCGAGCCUCCCCGCACAAAGGGGGUUCGUGACCAUCUCGCUGCCCGCCGGCUCACUGACGCCCUCGCAAAUCGCCGUCGACGAGGUCGUUGUGACGGCAGCGCCGGAGAGGAGGCUGUGUGGGAAGGAUACGAGGAGCAAGGAGGACGAGGGGCUGUAUCUAAUUGACCGAAUACGCGGCGAGAGGGUGGUGGAGGCGAGGAGCGGGGUUGGGUGGGCGAGGGAGAUGCUGGUGCAUUGGGAGGGGUGGGGGUGUGAGGAUGAUAGUUGGGAGCCUGAGGAGGGGCUGCCGGCGGAGGUGGUGGAUGCGUUUGAUGAGAGGGUGGUGGAGUGGAGGGUUGGGUUGAAGGGGUAUUAA